CAACUAUCGCGAGAAAGAACGUGAUUUCAACCGCCAAGUUUAAAAAUUUAUAUUUACAAGUGGAUUGCGGAAGUAUGGUAAAACGUCUAUUAUUGAAAACUGUUUAGUAGCUUGGAAUAAUUUUACAUAACUUGUAAAAAUGGACCCUGAUACUCAGCGCUUAAUUGAGAGAACGCGACAAAGACGAGAAGUGUUGAAUCAAAGAAUGGCAGGCAUGCCAGAAGCAGCCCCUCGUAAGCGUAGAACCCCAGUCCUAGAGAGUGACGGGAGUGAGAAGGUUCUGACUGAAAAACAAAAUAACCAAGAUGAUUUGGAUGAACCAUACUAUGAUUCACCGAAACGUCAGUGUUUGAGAGAAGCUGAGCUAGUGAUAAAACAAGACACUCCAGCUAUUCAAAGCGUCCAGUCUCGUUUAAAAGGAUUGGCUAAUUUGUAUAAAGAUGAUGCAGAUGAAGAGAACGUUGAAGUUCCGACUCCUAAACCAAGAAAAAGUGUUACAUCACCCCCACUGGAAAGAAAGGCAACUAAGUCCCCUUACAAAUCUCCAGCUAAGCAAGUGGAGCCUCCAACAAACUUUGGAUCCUCCAGAAAAGGUCGAUUUGCUGCUCUUGCCGAACACUUGAACAACAUGGAGGAUGACCUGACUCACCAUGUUGUCAAAAAAGAAGAAGAAAAGAAACCCAAAUGGCAGCCACCAAAAUCAGAACCGGCUCCACAUACGAGUGUAGUUUCCUCUGGCAAAGGUCCUGCACCUAUGCCUCCAACCAGUACAGUUGCUCCUAAGGUUGCCCUUGAGAGUUCUCCUCAGAAAACAUUUGCACCUGUUCCUGCUGUGAUUUCAAGCCCUUCUUCGACUUUGGCUAGAAACUCACCUCUUAGGGCAUCCAAAGUUGAAUUGAAUAGCUCGCCAAAGCCAUUUUCCCCAAACUAUAAAGAAUGUAAAAUUUCUCCGGUGAAGCCUCCUGUUGACCUUUCUAAAAUGACAGCAACCAAACAAGUUACUCCCAUAAAGAGCUCAGCGACACUGUCUACCCUCACACCUAAAGCUGUUACCCCCGGCAAAUCUAAAAGGGAUGAUUCAACAGGAUUGCCAGUGAAUGCUCCUGGACUGCUUGAAACCCCCCCAGAGAGUGAGCUCAACAAGACACAGGAUGAACCAACACUUAGACCAGUAUCUCAGAGGUUUGCAGCCUGGGCACAGAAGACUGAGACUCCAAGAACUAAGUCAGCAGUGCCAUCACAUCAACCCUUAUCCGCAAAAGUGGCCAGUUUCGAGAAGAAAUUCACAGUCAACACUCCGACAGGGAAAACUAAUUCAUGUUUCGUACCCAAACCGCAGAAGCAGGUAUGUGCUCCAGUCUCAAAUGGUUCUACGCCUGCAGCGACAACUUUGAAACAGAAAGAACACGACCCAACAGAGCUGUCAGUAUCUCAACGUAUGUCUCAGAUGCAAGAAAAGCUGAGCAACACGCCUCUAGUAAAACGCCAGCAGAAAGAUGAGCCAACCGCCUACCCAGUCGGUGCCCGUAUGUCAGCUUGGGAGACAAUGACUGCUGCUAACAAUGUCAGCAAUAUUAAGAAGGUCAACCCUGCCGAAAGCACACCUUUGCAGAGUAAACAAAGACCAGUAACUAGUUUUACUCCUAAAGUGAAUGAAGCUAAUGAAGCCCUCCCCCCUAUUCCUCCUCCACCUCCUCAAACAAGCACUGGAAUAACACCUGCUAAAAGUUUCCGAGACUGUAUUGAAGAAAAAGCCUCCAAAAUGUGGUCCAAGAAAGGUGUUGAGCUCAACAAGUCUCCAGAAAAGAAAUCACAGUCACCAACCAAAUCACUCAAUAGAUCGCCAAGCAAAGUGAUUCACUCUCCCAACAAAGUAAGUGUUGGUACCAAAACCUUUCAGAAAAUACUUGUGGACAAAAGUCAAGAUAGUACAACCACUUCUAGUGCUUUGGCUGCACAGGAACGUGCCUCAAGAAUGGCCGAGUUGGAAGCUAUACAGAAUAGAUGGAAAAACGGAGUGCUCAGAGAAGACAAUGCACCAGCUGAGUCUGUACAGGCAAAAGAUGGUGAGAAGCCUGAAAGUAAAACUCCUGAAAAAGUUCUUUCUGAAAAAGUUCCUACCAGCAGUAAACGAGAGGAUGCAAGGAACAGAGCUCGGGCUGAGUUCAAUAAUAAAUUAGCUGGGAUAGGUCUUGAUUGUGAAGGGGACACUAAGGCUAAAAUUGAAACUGCACAGCCUACCCAAGCAACAGCUACACUGAUAACCAAGGAAGCGCCCAAAAGUCAAACCAGUAGCAUCUACAAUUUAAUAAAGAAAAGGGAAGAAACCACUGCACAGACAGUGGAAGAAAAGAAGGUGACCUUCAAUGACAGCUUUGACGAUAGUGAUGAUGACGCUGACAAAAAAAUUCCCCGCUCUGCUACCAGAAAACUAACUCAGCAAUCUUCGGAUGAUAGUGAUGACUUCAAGAAACCUGAAGUGCCUAAAAUGAAAGAUAUUUGCCAUGAUGCAAACUCUGUGUCCACUGAUGAAGAGUUUCAUUCUGAUAGAUUAUCAGAAGACUUGGAUGAUGAUGACAUCAGUCUGAAAGGGUUCGUCUCUGAAGCCGUCAGGCGAGAAAGCAUUUUGCCUGCUCCUCCACUUAGGUCUAGCCAGUCUAGUCUCGAUAGCUAUGAAGAUGAACGUGGCACAGCUGACAGUGAGGGAAGUAGUGGUGGACCCUCGUCGAAGCAUGAUGGCUAUGGGCCUGAUGAUGAAAGCAUGGAUGAGGAUGAGGUGUCCAAUCGCAAUGCUGUGGAUGAUUUGCUUGACGAGGCAAUGAGCGACACUACUGAUGACUAUGAUCCAGACAUGGACCCCAAGAAUGUUGUUUUGCGACGUCCUCCAAGCAAAAAUACGUAUGACCCUGAUAUGGACCCAAACAAUGUUCAGAUGAGACGCAAGGUCAAUACUGCAGUGCCUAUACCUGCGCAGAGACAUCACAAAGCUGCCGGAUCAACUGAUGAAGAUGAUGAUGACCAUCGACCAUACAGUCUUCAGGCUUACAGAAAGAGCGCCAAUGUCCAUCAACAUGUAAUGGAACCAAUUGUCAGAAAAAGCCGCUAUGCUGACAGCUAUGUUGAAGACGAGGAGGAGGAGGAGAUGGUUAUGCCUGCAGUCACUGAACCUCGGAGAGACGAUAGGAGAGUUGUUCAAGAAAGAAUCAAGGAACUUCAAGAACUGGUUCAGCUGGAGCAGAAUGUCAUCAUGCAAACCAGUAAUGCCUUGAAUAAAUGUUGUAUGGGCAACUCUUACUUUGCUGGCUCUGCUGAACAGGUGGAGUGCAACAAGGUCUUACUUAUUGCUUGCCAGAAACGUCAGUGCUACAUGACUGAAAUACAGAGAUUGAAAGAAACAGGGAUGCUGAAUGUAGAAGGUCCAGGACCCAAAGGAUCAUUAACUAUAAGUGACAUCAGGUUGCCACUUAAAAAGGAGUUUGUCACUAAGAUUGGAAGUUCCCAUGAUAACACAACCCAUUAUUUUAUUCUGCUCUUCAAAAAUGGUCCUCAAAUUAUUUGCACUCAGAUGCUUUCCACUCAUGACCCUAUGAUGAGAGGCAGCUUAGAUUUCCCCAAUCUCAUCAAAAUUAAUGGGAUCACUUCCAACUUUAAACUUGUUCUGGAUAUUUAUGCCAUGAGUGUAUCCAAAGAAUUUACCAAAGAUAAAAAGAAAAAAACACCCAAAAAAGGAAAAGGCUAUGCAAUGGCAUUGGAGAGUCCUGGAGGUCCUGCAGCAGUUAGGACCACAAGCUUCACUCAAGUGUCAUCUCUUGUGUUGACCAUGAAGUGUUUAGAUAAAAACUCUUUUCAUUUAGAGAGGUUGCCUUAUUUAUCUCCCCUGUAUGGCCAGAUUUUUAUGCGAUUAAAAUGUUUGAUGGAAGCAUCAGUGGAAGAGAAAGGUUUCCUCACAAUGUUUGAUGACGUUAGUGGCUUUGGAGCCUGGCAUAGACGUUGGUGUGUGUUGUCAGGGAACAAAUUGUGUGUCUGGAAAUAUCCAGAUGAUGAAACUAGAAAGGACCCCAUGGCCAUUAUAGACUUGAAGCGAUGUAUCACAGAGAAAGUUGGCCUGGUGCCUCGAGAUGUAUGUGCUCGGCCCAACACUUUUGAAAUGGUGACAGUAAGGCAGCCAUUGAAGGGUGAACAUGAUACACUGAUAACAAAGACAUACAACUCAACUACUACAGUUAGACAUCAAAUGUCUGCAGACAGCAAAGAGGAGCGAAUCGUGUGGUGCAAUAAAAUUAACAAAACUCUGGCCAACUUAAGAACUUGGAAUGCUGACGCCUUGAAGCCUAUGAAACCAGCAGCCUCCAGCUCCUAUCACUGAGCUGUUUUCUGUUGACUGUUGUAUAAUUGUUUAGUUAAUGGACUUCAUAACCACUUGUUGUAUAGCGUAUGAUAUUGAAGUAGCCACAUUAAUCAAAUAAGCCAUUGACUUAUACCGUUGUAUAGGGUGAUGGCACUUCAUUUAUAGCCUUUACAUAACGCUUAAAGUUUGUACAGUUGGAGUGUUUGUGCUAACAUAAUUCUGUUAGCUUCUUGCUCUAUACAAGGCAAAUCAGAAAUUUGAUGACAAAUACUGUAAAUAGUGUUAAUGUUUCUAUUUUUGCAGACCUAGUGAUGUUGCAUUCUAUCUUCAAUUAUUUUGUUAACAUCUAGAUUGAAUGAGAUCAUGAUGUUUGUGUUAAUAAAAAAAAAUCAAGAAAAUUGGGGAAGAGCAUCUUUAAAAAACUGGAGAUAGAAUGACUGAAUCCUAGGAGGGUGAUUAAGUGCAUGAACAAUGCUGUGUUGUAUACAGGUGUAUAUUUGAUGUACUCAAUAUUUAUAUUUCACUGUUCAGUGAUAGAGAAUUGAAUAUGGUUGAAGACAUUGUCUUGUCUACGCCUUGACUAUGGUUGAAGACAUUGUCUUGUGUAUGCCUUGAAUAUGGUUGAAGACAUUGUAUUGUCUAUGCCUUGUAUUUUUUUAUUUCAACACUUUGUAUAUGGAUGUGUUUCGAUACAAAAAAUAUUUUUUUUAGAAAAUGUCUUUCAAAUAUUUUGCAUUUUCGCUACAAUUUAAAAUUCACAUGUUUUAGAUUUGCUUUAAACAAGCAUUGUUCUGAUCACACUUCAACCAACUUUGUAAUUAAUUUGUUUCACUACUUAACCGUGACACUAAGCUUUCUGCAUCUGCUUGUAUUUUAAAACUACUGGGUGAGAGGUGUACACUAUUUUAUAUAUUUUCUAGACUUUUUUUUUUAUAUUAUUUAUUGACCUUAACUUUUACACAAUUUUAAAGAAAAGUUUAUUUUCAGAAAGAUAAAAUGUACAUGCCAAAUGCUAAAAGUAAAGGAAAAACUUUUGAUAUGAUCUAAUAAUCAAACUGAAUGUCAGAAUGAACAAAGCUUCCAACCACACAUGUACAACUUGAUGAAUACAAUUAUGUGCUGAAAAACA